CAUAAGUGGGAAGAUUAUGAACUUUGUACAACGAAAGACAUAAAGAAUAUGAUAAUAUUAUUAUAAAAUAUGGCGCCUGAAAGAACAAAUGGUAUUAAUGGAACUCAAUUAAAAAAUGUACCUAACAACAUAAGCAGUAUACCAAAUGCAUCGUCACUGCUUUCUUCUUCAAGUCUUCAACCAGGAAACCCUCCACCAAUACCUCUGCGUCAACCGGUUCAAAAUUAUUCUGGAUUUAGUGAUCAUAGGCUAUUUGGAUCUAAUUAUAGUGGAUUUGGUGGAUAUGGUAGUCAAUAUAGAGCAUUUAGUGGAUACGGAGGAUAUAAUUCAUAUAGUCCUUAUUCUACUUAUAAUAAUUAUGGAAUGUUUGGUGGACACAGUGGUGAUGCAGAAAAUAGAUUUUCCCAAUAUGUUGAGGAAAAUACUAGAUCAACUUUUCAGUCAUUUGAAGCAGUCCUUCAUACAUUUUCAUCCAUGACAAUGUUAUUGGAAUCUACAUAUUUUGCUUUAACAAAUUCAUUUAGAGCAAUUUUAAAUGUUGCGGAAAGUAUUGGAAAAUUACGCUCUAUUUUAAAUCAGUUAUUUAGUACUUUUGCUUUGAUUAGAUUUUUAAAAUGGUUAUACAGGAAAAUUGUACGCACUACUGGAUACCAAAAUCAAAAUUCAAUAAAUGAAGAAUUAUGGGAUAAAUCAUUAGCAAAAAUUGGAAAUGAAAAUGUACAUAAUUCUUCCUUUUGGUCUGGAUUUCUAAUGUUUAGUGCAUUUUUUGUAGUACCUUAUAUAAUUCAUAAAAUUUCAAAUAAUAUUAGAAACUUGCAAGUAAAAGGAAAAGAUCCAAAAGAAUGGCAAAAAAUUGAGGAACCUUCAUAUAUUGCAACAGUGCUAUAUGAUUUUCUUGCAACUAAUAAUGAUGAACUUAGUGUAAAAGCUGGUCAGACAGUUUAUCUUGCACCAAGGUCUUUACAACCAAAAAAUUUACCAGGAUGGUGUAAAGCUACCAAUAAUGUAAAUGUUGGUCUCAUUCCUAGCAAUUACAUUAAACUUAUAGGACAAUUGAAAAAAGUGAAAAAAAAUGAAACAGCCAUUGUAAAUGAAGAAAAGUCCUCUGAAAGUGAUCCUCAUUCUACCAAUAAUAAUAAGAAAGACAUAGAGCCUAUAAGAAAUGAUAGAACUGUUGAAAAUGAAGUAUGAGCAAAUUGGUUUUAAAUAUUUUUAUUAUAUAUUUUGUUUCAACAAUAUAAUGUCAUUUGAAAUUUUUCGAAAUUUCAUUUUUACUAUAACUUAGAUUCAAUACUAAAGAAAUUUUAUUUGCAAAAAAUUAUGUGGGAAAAAAAGUUUAUCUAUAAGCUAAGUUACAGAUUAAUUUAUGAUCAUUUAAAAUUUAAAUGAUUAUUUUAAAUUGUCGCAAAUAUAGAAACAGUGGUCUAUAAAAUAGUAAUCUAUAUAUCAAUUUAAGUUAUAAAAUAAUCACAUUUUCAGAAAUUAAAAUUUUAUUUAAGUUAAAAUGGGAAAUAUUUUAAAUUUAUGUAAUAUAAGAUCCAAGUUAUUAAUAUUCCUUUUCUAUGGGUAUAAUAAGUGGAAUUAUUAGUACAUGUAUAAUGUAUGAGACUAUGUAAUAUUUGUAUUUAUACUAAAGUUUAUAAUAAUGAAACUUCUGAUAUU